CGAUCAUGAGCAGCCAGAUCGAUAUAUUCCUACAGCAGCUUCUACAGUCCAAUCAUCCCUCCAAUGCGGUAAAUAUGACUACUGCUUGCAACAGACUUGGAAUCGAUAUAGUUGGGCACAUGGCUUUCGGUUAUGCGUUAAAAACGCAAACUGAAGCUACUAAUCGUUUGAUUCCUGAAACCAUGUUUAAUGGUAUAUACCUUAACAAUGUGUAUUACACAUGGCCAUCUCUUGGUCACCUCGCUCCUAUUGCUAGGUGGUUGGGGGAAAAAGAAAGUUGCCGUUUUUACCCAAGCGGUAGCAAAGCUGAUUGCUGAGCGAACAUCACAGCUAGUCGAUUCAAAGCCCGAUUUCUAUGCCGCUGUUACAGGUGAUGGAGGUCUACAUCCUCUUGAGUUGUGGGGAGAAGCUAUAUUUUUUGUAUUAGCUGGUGGCUCAACUGUUGCAACGGCAAUAUGUGGUUCCUUAUUCCAUUUGUCAUGGCAUCCAGAUGUAUAUGCCCGUCUUGCGUCUGAAAUCCGCAAGGCCUUCUCGUCAGGACGGGACAUCCAGCCUGGUCCUAUACUCUCUUCUUGUACUUAUUUACGGGCUGUUAUUGACGAGUCUUUGCGGAUGACGCCUCCCGCACCGAGUCCUUUGUGGCGAGAGCCUGAAGUAGUUGCUACAGACAAGCCAUUUGUUGUUGAUGGGCACAUUAUACCGCCAGGCACUGAAGUCGGAGUCCAUCUCUGGGCUAUUAUGCACAAUCCAGAGUACUUUGACGAACCUUUCACUUUUCGUCCCGAGCGUUGGCUAGUGCCCACUGAUGGGGAUACAGAACAGACUGCAGAGAGAAGGAAGUCACGUGCCCAGAUGCGCCGAGCUCACGUUGUGUUUGGCCUAGGAGACCGCAGUUGUGCGGGUAAAAGCAUGGCGUAUAUGGAAGCAAGUCUCACGAUUGCUAAGAUUUUGUGGUACUUCGAUUUUGAGCGAGCUCCAGGAAAAAAAGGGAGCUUGGGGUGUGGCCAAGGGGGUAAGAAUCCUUGGGAUGCGUAUGAUCAGUUUCAGAUACACGACGUCCUAGGAGCGGAUCACGAUGGCCCAAACCUAGUCUUCAAGCCUCGCCCAGAGCAGUGCGAAGACUUGGACUCUACCACAUAGUUAGCAUGAG